UGGAUGUUUUUGGGUCAGGCAGAGUUUACUGCAGCUACAGCAGGCAGGGCGGAACUGCUGAGAGCUCUGUGUCGAAGGAAGACGGACAGUAAGGGAGAGUCCCAGCCAAACUAAAACAGCAGUUAUUAACAUGCCAUUGUUGUAGCUUAAAUCUUCCGAGAACACUUUGGAUACUGUUACGGCGUGUUUGCAGUUUGUUUCGGAGGUCUUUAAACUUCCUCUAACGUGUUUCCACGAAGGGAGGCGGCGGUGGAGCGCUCGGCAGCCAUCUUUGGACCUGCCUGGGAGUGGGAUACGACUAUUCUGGCACCCCAGAUACUUCGAGGGUGGGGAUUUUAACUUCUAAUAUAUCACAAAUCUGUACGUUAUUAUCGACUGACAACGUGGAGAACCGCACGGAUUGAGUGUGUCUGAUAACCGAGAGUGGGAUGAAACAGGAGGAAGACUUUUGUAAUCCCAAAGUGUUUUGAAUAACACGACAUUCUCCACAGUGCUGAAACCUGGCCUGUCAGGAGAGGCUCUUCACACUUAUGAGACCACAGUCCCGCAGAUGAGCCGUCGGUGGGGGCUGUCAAGUCGCUGUCGCAGACCCAGAUAGUUCCUGGCGGCAGCGGCAUUGCCCCCCCUUCACCCCAUUAUGCCCAACAGCAGUCGGGCGGGGAGCCUGAAGGACCCCGAUGUUGCUGAGCUCUUCUACAGGGAGGACCCAGAGAAGCUCUUCUCAGAUCUGCGCGAGAUCGGACAUGGCAGCUUUGGUGCUGUAUACUUUGCACGGGAUGUGCGGACAAAUGAGGUGGUGGCCAUCAAGAAGAUGUCUUACAGUGGAAAGCAGUCCACUGAGAAAUGGCAAGACAUCAUCAAGGAGGUGAAAUUCCUACAGAGAAUACAGCACCCAAACAGCAUAGAGUACAAAGGAUGUUACCUGCGAGAGCACACAGCCUGGCUGGUAAUGGAGUACUGUCUCGGCUCUGCUUCUGAUUUGUUAGAAGUUCACAAGAAACCUCUGCAAGAAGUUGAAAUCGCUGCAAUUACCCACGGUGCUCUUCAAGGCCUGGCUUAUCUUCACUCCCACAACAUGAUUCACCGAGAUAUCAAGGCGGGAAACGUGUUGCUGACAGAGCCGGGGCAGGUGAAACUGGCAGAUUUUGGUUCUGCCUCCAUCGCCUGUCCUGCCAACUCGUUUGUUGGGACUCCAUAUUGGAUGGCCCCAGAAGUAAUUUUAGCUAUGGAUGAGGGUCAGUAUGAUGGAAAGGUGGACAUAUGGUCUUUGGGGAUAACCUGCAUUGAAUUAGCUGAGAGGAAGCCUCCCCUGUUCAACAUGAAUGCAAUGAGUGCCUUAUACCACAUAGCACAGAAUGAAAGCCCCAUGCUGCAGUCUAGUGAAUGGACGGAUUAUUUCCGAAACUUUGUAGACUCUUGCCUUCAGAAAAUUCCCCAGGAUAGGCCGAACUCUGAGGAGCUCUUAAAGCAUGCAUUUGUUCAACGUGAGCGACCAGAAUCAGUUCUUAUAGACCUGAUAAGUCGGACCAAGGAUGCAGUACGAGAGCUGGACAAUCUGCAGUAUCGUAAAAUGAAGAAGAUCUUGUUUCAGGAAGCCCAUAACGGCCCCACAACAGAGGCACAAGAUGAAGAGGAGGAGCCAGAGCACAGCGUGGGUCGGACGGGCACAGUGAACAGUGUGGGGAGCAACCAGUCCAUACCCAGUAUGUCGAUCAGUGCCAGUUCGCAGAGCAGUUCAGUCAACAGUCUGACGGAUGCAGGAGAUGACAAGAGUGAGGUGGACAUGGACGGGGAUCACACAGUCAUGUCCAACAGCUCUGUGAUACACCUGAAACCGGAGGAAGAGACAUACAAUGAAGAGUCGGAGCCUAACACCCGGCCGACUGAGCCCCAGUCCCCUCCUGCACAGACUCCACGGCCAAAACGGAACCGCGAGCAUUUUGCUACUAUUCGCACAGCCUCAGUGCUCACUCGGCAGAUCAAGGAGCACGAGCAGGACUCUGAGUUGAGAGAGCAGAUACUGGGCUACAAGCGGAUGAGGCGGCAGCACCAGAAACAGCUGAUGGCUCUGGAAAACAAGCUGAAGGCCGAGAUGGAUGAGCACAGACUCCGUUUGGACAAAGAGCUGGAGAACCAGAGGAACAGCUUUGCCCAGGAGAUGGAGAAACUGAUAAAGAAGCACCAGGCGUCCAUGGAGAAAGAUGCAAAAACUUUUAGCAAUGACGAAAAGAAGUUCCAACAACAUAUUCAGAGUCAGCAGAAGAAAGAGCUCAACAGCUUCCUUGAGUCACAGAAACGGGAGUAUAAACUUCGCAAGGAACAACUCAAAGAGGAGCUGAAUGAAAACCAGUCCACACCCAAGAAAGAGAAGCAGGAGUGGUUGUCAAAGCAAAAAGAGAACUUCCAACAUUUCCAAGCUGAGGAAGAGGCCAACCUACAGCGCAGACAGAGGCAGUAUCUGGACCUGGAGUGCCGCAGGUUUAAACGGAGGAUCUUGAUCGCUCGCCAUAAUAUUGAGCAGGACUUAGUGCGUGAGGAGCUCAACAAGCGUCAAACCCAGAAGGAUUUGGAACACGCCAUGCUUCUCCGGCACCACGAGUCCAUGCAGGAGCUGGAGUUCCGCCAGCUCAACAACAUCCAAAAGACAAGGGCCGAGCUGAUCCGCCUGCAGCACCAGACGGAGCUCACCAACCAGCAGGAAUACAACAAGAGGAGGGAGAGGGAACUUCGGCGCAAGCAUGUCAUGGAGGUUCGCCAGCAGCCCAAGAGCCUCAAGUCCAAAGAGAUACAGAUCAAGAAGCAGUUCCAGGACACAUGUAAGAUUCAGACCCGGCAGUACAAAGCACUGAGGAAUCAUCUGUUGGAGACCACACCAAAGUCAGAGCACAAGGCCGUCCUCAAACGGCUGAAGCAGGAGCAGCACCGCAAACUCGCCAUCCUGGCAGAGCAGUACGACCACUCCAUCAACGAGAUGCUCUCCACUCAGGCGCUACGUCUGGAUGAGACUCAGGAGGCUCAGUGCCAAGCCCUCAGAAUGCAGCUUCAGCAGGAGCUGGAGCUUCUCAACGCCUACCAGAGCAAGAUCAAGAUGCAGACGGAUGCCCAGCAUGACCGUGAGAGGAAGGACCUGGAGCAGAGAGUGUCACUCAGGAGGGCCCUGCUGGAACAGAAGAUUGAGGAGGAGAUGAUGUCCCUUCAGAAUGAGCGCUUGGAGCGAAUCCGGAGCCUGCUGGAACGUCAAGCCCGAGAAGUGGAGGCUUUCGACUCGGAGAGUAUGCGCCUGGGUUUCAGCAACAUGGUGCUAUCGAACGUCUCCCCAGAGGGGCUCAGCAAUAGCUUUCCGGGGGCUCCAGGAAACUGGAGUCACCAUCAGCAGCAGUCCGGGGGCUCUCAUGGGUCCCCCUGGAGCGGCAGCGGAUCAUCAGGCGCAGGGUCAAGCCACCAAGGCAGCCAUCACCACUAUCACUCCAGUCCAGGAGGGGCACCUAUGCAGCAAGGCUGGGGGCAGGGUAUGCAAGGAGGCGGGGCUCCAUCACCGUGGGGCCACCCAUCGGCAGCAUCCCUGGUAUCCCGCAGCAGCGGAGGUGUACAGAACAGCCCCCAGGGGAUGGGGAGGACACCCUCAGGAGGGCGCAGUGAGCAGAACAUGAGCAGGAGUACCAGUGUCACCUCUCAAAUAUCCAACGGGUCACACCUCUCCUACACAUAGAUCUCCUGAAGGCCCCUGGGGGCUCGAGCAAGGAGACGUAGAAUCCAACAAACACAGCAGGACAGGGUGUAGGCGCUGUUACUGCUUUUCUGUUACUCCCUGCGACUCCGUUUCUCCCGUGUACAGAUGUGGAUGUGUGAUGAAAUAAAUGUUGCUCAGGUCAAAAGGGCUGGAAAAGACGCAGCCCGUCCUCACGGCAGUUUAUCGGCACACAUGCAGAUCCUUAAAUUUAUGUUACAUUAGUAAUUUGAGUGUCAACACAUAAUACUCCCAUUUGUUUUUAUUUACAGCUCUCUUCUACAGAAUUUUAAAAGUAUAUGUUUUGUGCUAUCCACAGCCAUUGCUCUCAUUUUGCACAUCAAACACUGUUCAAAAGCCUUUGACAUGUGUUCACUAUGUCCUUUAAGCAAUGUGGUAUUAAACAAUCACAGGAAUACUAUUUUA